AUAAAAUUACAGCGAUGUUUUAAUAAUUACUGUGACAUACGCUUAACAAAAUGUUAUACGAUGAUUUUAAACCUAUUGUGGACUUACUCCUUAAUAACUGGACAGCAUUGCAAUUAGCUGUUGAACAUGGAAUGGGUGCACCAGGAGGAAUAAAGACUGCUCAGCUGAUGUCGGUAUACAUAGCAAGAUAUUGUGUAGAAAACAUUGUUGACAGGGAGGAUCUCACAGAAUUAUUGGAGGAUUUGAUGGAUGAAGAGUUUGAUACUGCAUGUCAUGACAACUCAACUAAAGAAAUAGCAACACUACUCCUAUUAUACCUUGAACUACUAAAAGAAGGCAGACAUGAUGAGCUCCGGGCUAGAAUAGAAGCAUUGCCUAAAUGUCAGAUCUGGCUAAGUGUACCCAUGCAUUCUUCUGUGCCACCACAAUGUCAUGGAAAUCCAGAUGAUGAUAGUACCAGUAGUAGUGAAGAUGACAAUCAUGAUGACUGCAAUGAUCAAACUCAAAACAUGAAUGGUGGAGAAGCAUCAUCAUCAAGACAGAAUAAUGACACUGUUGAGCCCAUGGACGAAGAUCAGGAUCCGGGAUGGAUGGUAGUGAGAAGUAGAAGGAAAAAAUGAAAUUGAAGUUUUAAUAUUUAAUUUAUAUCAAAAUGUAAUGUGCAUUGAUUUAAAUGGUUUAAACUUACAAAAAGAAAAAACAAUCAUCACUUGUACAAGUUAUCCUUAGUCACUGUUAAAGUACAUCUUUAUUAUGGUUAGGAAAGUUUGUUUGUAUAUCUGUUGUUGAAUGAACAAAAAACCCUAAAACAUAAAUGAAAAUAUGAAUGUCUGUUAUUUAAAAACAGAUAUAUUGUUAUUAUUUUUCAGCAAGACAUGCCAAUCCCUAAUCAUUAAAUACAUUUAAAAAUUUCCAGAAGAAAACUUUUGAAUGUACAACAAAAGGAUUAAUUUUUAAG